AUGACUUCAUCAACAACGAUGAAAUCUCUAUAUCGUCUACCCGGUGAACGUGAUCAUUCGUCAUGUAUUGUUCAUACUCAUGGAAUCUUAUCGUCGGCUUCGUCAAAACAAACAACACAAGAUAAUUUUAUUUCUAUUCCUCGUAUCUAUGAACCUAAAGAAUCCGAUCUUGUUAUUGGUAUUAUUAUAGUUCGUACACCGGACUUAUUUCUCGUCGAUAUAAAUAGUUCUGAAUCAGCUAUUUUACCAAUUACAUCAUUUGAUGAAGGUCGUUUACCUGCUCGUAAUACAAUGAAUCGUUUAAGUGUUGUUUUUGCUCGUGUUAUACGUACAGAUUCUUGGACACAAACUGAAUUAUCAUGUCAAUCAAUUGAUCGUACGAAAAAAAAAUCUGAUUUUGGUCAUUUAAAUCAAGGUCAUAUUUUACGUUGUUCAUUAGCAUUAUGUGAAAAAUUACAACAUUCACAACUAAUUAGUCAUUUUAAUCGUAUUGUUAAAAAUUUUCGUAUACGUGUUACACAAAAUGGUUUUAUUUGGUAUCUAACUGAUACAAUAAAUUCAAUGAUUGCUAUAAAAAAAGUUUUAUAUGAAUAUGAAUUUGAAAAUAAUAUUGAUAUUUUAUUAAAUUUAUAUCAAACAUCAAUGAAUAAACUUCAAGAAAAUGAUGAUAAUCUUAUUAAAGCUAAACAAAAACCAAUAAAAAUAGAUGUAGUACAACCAAUAAAAACAGAUGUACAAAUUAUAAAAAAAACUGAACAACCACCAACAAGUAACGCAGUAACACGUUUACUUAAUCAAGUUAUUAAAGAUAUUCUUGUAAAAAUUAUUGAUGAUAUUGAAAAAAAUGAAAAUAGAUAA